GCAGCACCAGGCUGCACAGCGCUCCUCUGUUGCGACUGCAGGGGGGCAGUUCAUUCACCUCCAACCUGCACUUUUGCUCUUUGUUGUCCGACGCAUCAUCGAAGGCGUGAUCACACUCUGCCAUGAGCUCCAAACUUCUGCAUUCAGCGUGUAAAUAGACCCGCCUCCGUCUGAAAAUAACCGCGGCGAACUGAAACAGGAAACUUGUGCGCUUCACCUCCCGCAGCUCACCGAUGCGCGAUCUGACACUCGGAACAGGUUUCCCCAAAUCCACCUCAGCGCCGCAGCUCCUCAGCCACGUAUCCGUCGCUUCGUCCGAACCCGCGGGACUCCUCGGGAGACAUUUAGACAGAUGACCUCCUUCUACGACGACAAAGAUUUGGAGGAAGAGCUCAGUCGAGUCACCUGUCCUGAUGAGGACUUGGAGUUUGAGAUCUUGUUCGAGUAUGAACCGCCUUGCAGCGACUUUGCGGGGGGAGAUCAAGAUGACCCCAACCUUGCACCUCAUAAAGUCCUCAGUCCUGAGUCUGAGCAGGCUUUCCCUCUGGAGGAGGCCUCCCCAUACGGCAUCAAGUCCUGCAGUCCGCCCUACAGUGAGCACAACACUGAGGUUCUGUCAGGAUAUGAGCACCAGGAGGCCAGGAGCUACCUGGACGGCACCCGGCCUGCAGGCCUGGCCCUGAGCCCCCGGAUCGAGAUCACUCCCUCACGUGAGCACUACAGUCAAUGCCGGGACUCCCUGCAGAACCACCACCUGAACAUCAGCCCCAGACCCACCCUCACUGUGCCAGGCCAUGAAAACCUCGCCUAUCGUGAGCCCCAGUGCCUGAGCCCAGCCAGCAGCAACUCCUCCACCAGCUGGCACUCGGAGAACUACUCCCCCUGGGCAUCUCCCUGCGUGUCCCCCAGCAACGGCCAGAACCCCGGAGACCUGUGCCCCCGGUUACAGAGCAUCCACACUGGCUCCCCACGCACCUCCCCGGGCACCUCUCCUCGCACCAGCCUAGCUGAGGACGGCUGCCUGGGACACCGCUCGCCCUCCCCCCGGCCGGGCUCACGCUCCACCUCCCCGCAGGGAAAACGCACCUACGAAAUGUACAGGAAUCCCGGGUUAGUCCCCGGGCACCGCUCCCGCAGUCCCUCCCCCCACGGCGGCCACGAAGACCACAACAUCGGUGCCCACUAUACACACAGCAGCCUCGCCGAUGGCAUGAAUGGUUUUGGUGCUGGUCAGCCUGGCCUGGUUCCCACUAAAAUAGUCAAGACAUCCAACCAGGUUUACACUCUGUACCCAGAGAACCACGGCGAUGGGAACUACCUGGUGUCCUGCGAUCAGGACAUUAAAACCAAACCUGCUGCAGAGCCUUUCUUUGUUGUCCCCCCAAUCUGGACCAAGCCACUGGUUUCCAGCAUCUGCAGCAUCCCUGUGGCUUCUCUGCCCCCGCUGGAGUGGCCGAUCCCCAGACGCACAGACCAGUAUGAGCUCCACAUUGAGGUGCAGCCUAAACCACAUCACAGAGCUCACUAUGAAACAGAGGGGAGCAGGGGUGCAGUGAAAGCCCCCACAGGAGGACAUCCUGUUGUGCAGUUACAUGGUUACAGAGGCAAGGAGCCACUUGGCCUACAGAUUUUCAUCGGUACAGCAGACGAGCGCAUCCUCAAGCCUCAUGCCUUUUAUCAAGUUCACCGCAUCACUGGCAAGACGGUUACGACCACCAGCUUUGAGAAGAUUAUCAACGGCACCAAAGUCCUGGAGAUCCCGCUGGAGCCAAAGAACAACAUGAAAGCAAUAAUUGACUGUGCUGGGAUCCUGAAGCUGAGGAACGCCGACAUCGAGCUGAGGAAGGGCGAGACGGACGUCGGUCGGAAAAACACCCGAGUUCGUCUUGUGUUCCGGGUGCACAUACCUCAGCCUGGUGGACAGCACGUCUCCCUGCAAGUGGCCUCGCAUCCCAUCGAGUGCUCUCAGCGUUCAGCACAUGAACUUCCAAUGGUGGAGAAGCAGGACAUGGACAGCUGCUCAGUUCUGGGCGGCCAGCAGAUGAUCCUGACUGGGCAGAACUUCAGCUCCGACUCCAAAGUCAUUUUCAUGGAGAAAACCCAGGAUGGGCAGCAAAUCUGGGAAAUGGAAGCAACAGUGGACAAAGACAAGAGCCAGCCGAGUAUGCUGUUUGUGGAGGUGCCGUCCUACCGAGAUACGUCUGUCUGCCAUUCUGUCAAAGUGAACUUCUACGUCAUCAACGGGAAGAGAAAGCGCAGCCAGCCUCAGCAUUUCACCUACACACCACUGGCAUCUCCAUCCAUAAAGACAGAGCCUAUAGAUGAGUAUGAACCAGACCACAUGGGCUUCGUCAUGCCUCAGAUCUUGGGCUUAUCCCCUCAUUCCUACUACCAUAACCCACGGGGCGUCCUGCACCCAGACAACGGCCUGGUCUCCGGCCUGGCUUCCUGCCAGCGUCUCAGCUCCAGCCUUCCAAACCAAGACACGCGUUUACAGCAGCAGAGCCCGGCCAUCGUCUACUCCCGUGGGGGCAAGAAUCUGAGCGGCAGCCCCGGCGUUUGGCAGAGCGGGGGCAUGAUGCCUGACCCCCACCGGUCGGUGCUGGUCCACACGGGCUCCCCGGCUCAGUCUGUAGGUCCCAUCAGUGCAGGCCAGCACCCAUCCAUCAUCCAGUUCUCUCCCACCAACCACCACCACCUUCUUCGGGGAGGAGAGCCUCAGCCCCUCACUGCUCCCCAGCCUGACAACCAGCAGGUCAUCUACUGCGACGGCUACUCCCCACAGGCGGCCGCCGCCACCCACUCACCCACACCCCCCCAGGCUCAGGCGGCAGUGACCCACCCGCAGCAAUAUCCCACCGUGAUCCAGCAGCAGCCGUACGUUCAGAAGGGGCAGCAGAAGGGCCGGGCCCCGACUGGGACUGGCCAGAUGGAGGCUCCAGGAGACGGACAGAGGCGGGUGACGGUCAAGGAGGAGAACUUGGACCAGUUCUACCUAGAUGAUGGUGAGUUGAAUGAAAUCAUAAGAAAGGAUCUGACGGGCGUUCAGGCCAGAGGGCAGACAUAGAGGAGGGACCUGGACCAGGAAAUGACAACAUAUCCCCCCCUCCGAUUCACACAGACAGACACGCAAACACACACAGACUUCAGCCUUCCAAUGAGGUGACGCACUUCCACCAACAAUCAGACCUUCUCUUCCUCAUUUUCUUUACCCACAGAGAUAAAGAUUUCAACCCCUGACUACCGUGUUUGCUUUGGAUGGUUUUCUGCAAUGAACGUUCGGCAAACAGAAGAAUUCAUUGAAACAUAACAACUGCCAUCAACAAACUAACAGGUUUCCAAGGCUGCCGCUCAGAAACAGACUCUUACAAACAAAGAGAGAUAAAAUGGCAUAGACUGUAUAUGAAAGAUGGACAUAGUGACUGUCUCUGAAAAGUGAAGCAAACUAAGAAGUGCCUUAAAGUGCACCCCCUUGGUGCCGAUGCCAAAAAGCUCUGGCUCCCAUCGACGCCCAUUUAGAAAUCAUCAUGAAAAGCUCAGUUAGUAAAUUUUCUCCACAAGCCUCCUGAUUUUUUUUUUUUUUGUUAAAUUUCCUCUUUCUGAUCAGUGUUUGGCAGUCCAUGUGAAAAUAAUUGCAUAUAUUAAAUAGAAAUAAGACCUGAAAAUGAGAUUUUCAGAGGAGUGUUUGGAUCGAUUGACAUGUCCGUUCAGGAGUGAUCACAUGCUUUGCACAGCGGAGAUGGAGUGAGCUUGGUUUAGUUAGAUGUGCUCUCAGGCUUUCAGUUAGUCCCAACCCUCGUUCCUCUCCAGAUCUACCCUCUCUUCCAAAUAUGAUCACUUCUUCCUCCAGAAACUCAGGAGGCAUAGGAAAAAGCAAGUUUAAGGCUUUAAAAUGUCUGUCCACGAUUCAGUGGUUGACGUCACCAUGGCUACAUCCAUCUUCUGUAUACAGUCCAUGUAGAAUAGGGGGAAGUCCCCCAAAUGGUGUUAGCUAUACUGCCCAUUCAAUAACUUCCCUCCUGUUUGCCUCAUAAGUGAAUGAUGGUAUGAAACAUGCAGCAGCUUCACCAGAAGUUUCAAACAGGGUAUUAAAGUCACACCAAAAAUGCAUCCCAAAUACAAUCAUGAGACAUUUCUUGUGGCCAAAAGCUUUUUUUUUUGUCCUCCAUGUUUUGCAAUUCCUCUUGCACAAAGUGUGUUUUUGUCUGUGUAACUUUCUAUGUAGUUUAACAUGAAAGAAUUGUCCAAAGCUUACAUUCUGAUCAUCUCAUUUUAAGUGCAGUUUUCUAAUUGAAGUGAAGCGCACACUGCCUUAACCAUAUACCAGUGAACUAUUGUGACACCUCCUGAUAUGCACUGUUUUUCACAACGGGGGGCAAUGUUAUUCCUUUUUAACAUUUGAGUCAUGUGAAUAAUGUACCAUUUUACAUUCAUUAAAUAUAUAGUCAAUUAUAUUCAGGUGCCAAAGCAGCUUCACAGGGGUCUGUGAUGCCACAGCGAUAACAUGGGUCUACAUUUUUAAAAGGAUUCUCUGCCUAUGUGUUUGUUUUCAACAUUUGCAUUGAAAAUUAUUUUAAAAAUGUAUCCUAGCUCAUGCAAGCUGUAGUGAGAGAAUUUGUACACUCUGAUUUAAAGAUGGUCUUCUUGCUUUUUUAAUCAUUAUGUGCCUGUUCUUUUUUUUUAAUGUAUUGAUUGUAAUAACAUCUGUGGGUGUUUCCACAGUCUUAAACAAAAUAUCCAAAGCUUAAACUGUGCGUAUGUUGUUGUGUAUAGUUGCAUUUUGAAUCCAUCCAUAAUGACAAUCAUUAUUCUAAAAGCUGCCUAUGCAGAACCUUAAAGCUUGCAGAUGUAAAGCGUAUAACUUUUAUGUUCCAUAUCCGCCAUCAUAAUGUAAGCACAACAGGGUAUACAGUGAGAGUUACUGAUAUGCUAAUAUAGCUUGCUUUGAUGAGGAAAGCACUAGUUUAAAAACUGUUUUUGUGAUAUUAUAUUUCACUGAGGGAAUUGGAGUACAUUAAAAGUGCCAAGUGCCAGGUAUGUGAUUGUAAAGAGAAACAUAUAAAGUGGUAAAAACACGUAAAAGUAAAACAUAAGACUGAAUCACAAAGUUGAAUAUUUGAUAUGGACCUAUUUGAUAGAAAAUAAGAUUAUAUUUUGUAAUAUUAGCAAGACUAAUAUUGAUUUUUUAAGGAUUUUUCUCAUUGAGCCAGUAUAGCACAAGUGCAUUUGACAUUUCUUGAAUGUAAUCUAUAUUAAAUAUUUUUUCCCGUUUUGUGUAAAUAUCAGAUACAAAGUGUUCCGAUAAAGUCGGACGAGUCUAAAGUAGAAGCAUUUUGUUGUUUGUCAUGUAUCGUUUAUCUGUCUGUUGUGUAAACUACACAACGUUAUAGUCAUCAUUAUAUCUUUUAUCUGUUGUAUUACAAUGUAAAACCCCUUCAGUAGGGAAUUAUGAUACACUUAUGCUUAAUAGUUAUAUAUUAUAUUUUUGUUUAUGUGUUUGUUGUUAUUAUUUUACAGUCUUUAAAGAAAUCUUUGGGAAGGUUUUAAAACUCUUAUUUUAUUUUCUGUGUUGAUAGUUGUCAUGUACAUGUUUCAUUCAUGAGUCUUUGUGCCUCUUUAAAAGUGUCUAUUCAUGCUAUUUUUGUAUCCCUAAAAGAAGCAAUAAAUAAUAACCAUAUACAA